UUAUCAUCUUAAGGAUAUGUAUAUUUAUUAAUAACAGAAGGAUAUAUCGUGAAAUAAAAAUGGCUAAAUGGACUUCCAUUUGUAGCAUUCUACUUCUGAGUGCAACAUGUCUUUUCGUAUAUCUUUUUGGAUCCUACUUUGAUAAAGUUCCCAGUGAAGGUAGGUCUAAGCAUUAUGAAAAUGAUUAUUUUGGAUCAACAUCAAUAAGAGGAACGUGUACACCAGCUAGAAAUAUUGUCUUUAUCAAAGUUCCAAAAUGCGGUGGCUCGACAAUAACAAAUGUAUUUCAGCGAUAUGGUGAAAAACAUAGUCUAAGAUUCCUAUUUCCAAAAUUUGGGGAUGUUCUCAUUAAACCUAGAGAUAUUAGGGAUCACAUUGGUGAUGAUGUCAACUUGAUUGUAAAUCAUGUGCAAUUUAUUGAAAAUGACAUGAGGAAAUUAAUGCCGAGAGGCACUGUAUAUAUCGGAGUUCUACGCAACCCACUUGAACAGCUCAAGUCACUUUACAAUUUUGCGAAAAAGGGCAUCAUGAAAAAUGGGACAAUCGUUUCUUUGGCUGAUUUUGAAGAAAAUCCCUGGAAAUAUCAAUAUGUCAGAAUACCUAAAAACCAGCAAAGUUCAUAUUAUGGACAUUUGAAUAAAAUUUCAACAUCUCAAGAAAUAGAAGAAUUUAUUUUACAUGUCGAUUCUAUGUUUAAUUUGAUUCUGAUAACUGACCAUAUGAAGGAAUCGAUAGUACUGCUAGGCGAGCUCCUCUGUUGGACAUUGGACGAUAUGUUAUAUGUAUCCCAGAAAGUAGCGGCUGAUGGUAAACUGGGAUCACUUUCAACAACUAGUUUCGAUCACACUACAAACAGAGCGCUUGCAGAAAGAAACUAUAGAAUCUAUAGUAAAGUCGAUUAUGCAAUGUUUGAAUUCUUUAACAAAACCCUUUGGAGGAAAAUUAAAGCAAUGGGAAGGAGAUUUGAAGAAAGAUUGGGAAAAUUUGAUGCAUUGCUUGAUAGUUUUCAUAAGAGAUGCAAGUACACAUCAGAAAGCUUAGGUCUUUCAGAUGAGUUCGUUAACUCUGUCAUAAAAGAGGACUCUGAUUCCGACGAUUAUUUGUGUCACCGUAUGUUACUACCUUCACCCCUGUACAUUAAGUACAUUUUAAGACCAAAUCAGAAUUCACGGUUACAAUCUUUCAAUAAUAAAGUGGUUUUAAAAUGAUCUUGUUUUGUCCCUUAUGGGGGUCAGAGGUACAGAG